AUGUCGGACGUUCCCGUGUGCAUCGAAGGCUCGCAGCUGGAGGGCGGCGGGCAGGUCGUCCGAGUGGCGAUGGCGUGCUCCGCGGUGAACCGGAGGACGACGACGGUGACCAACGUGCGCGCGGGACGCCCGAACCCGGGCCUCGCGGCGCAGCACCUCGCGGGCGUCGAGCUCCUGGCGGCGUUGUGCGACGGCACGCUCAGAGCCGGGGGCGGUCCUUCGGGGGCGCACGCGCGGGGAACGAGGGACGGCGGCGUCCUGAGGAGGGGAUGCGUCGAGUUCACCCACGAGUUCACGCGCGGGGUCGUCGACGAACCCGACCGACUCGACGUCACGCGCGCCUCGAAACCCCUCGACGCGAGGCACGUUCGAAGCUUAAAGUACCACGCGUCCGACGAUCGCCUCGAAAUCGCCGCGGACGUGGGCACCGCGGGAUCAGUCGCGCUGGUGCUGCAGGCGGCGAUGCCGUGGCUCGUCAGGACAAACGACGGAGGACGGGGACGGGGACGGGGACGGGGACGAAAAGUCGGCACCCCGAGCACCGCGCGGACCGUCUCGCUGACGCUGAGCGGGGGCACGGACGUCCCGUUCGCGCCGACGAUGGACUACGUCCAACACGCGCUGUGGCCGGUCGUCUCCGGGAACGCGAACCGUCGCGGCUUCGCGUGCGACGCGGACGUGACGUUCGAGGUGUUGACCCGGGGGUUCUACCCGCGGGGGGGCGGGACGGUUCGCGUCAACGUCGUUCGCCGCGACGGUUCAGACGCCGACGGUUCAGACGGUGCCGACGGUUCAGAUUCCGGCUCGCGCCCGCCGGUGCGGUUGACUCGGAACACGAACCGGCACGGGGGGACGCGGGCAGGGAGGGAGACGUGGGCGGUCGUGACGCGAGCGGCGGGGGGCCCGGGGAGCGGGGGCGGAACACGAACCGUCACGCGCGAAGACCUCGUCGACGCGUGCGACGUCGCGAACGAGGUUUGCAAAAUCGGCGUCGCGAGCGUCGCGUCGGACGACUCCACGUUCACGACGGGUGACGUGGACCAAUCGACGGUUGACGCGUGUACAUCCGGGCGACACGAACCGGGCGGGAGCGUGACGAUGACCGCGACGCUCCUCCGCGUUUCCGAUGGAACGUCGGGGCGAGGCGACGGUUCGGACGACGCACCGCCCGGUGAGUCAUCGCCCGGUGAGUCACCGCCCGUUCACUUCGGGGCGAGUCGCGCGUGGGACGUUCGGAGCGGCGAGACGCUGCGUGACGUGGCGAGCGCGGUGGCGAAGGAGCUCGCCGACGUCAUCGUCUCCGGCGCCGCCGUCGACGACUGCAUGCUCGAUCAGCUCGUCGUGUUCCUGGCGCUCGGCGGCGGCGGUGAGGUGCUGGCGCGAAAUCCAAUCUCGCUCCACGCGAGAACCGCGAUGGCGGUGUGCGAACAGGCGAUGCCGUGGGUGAGGUUCAGGACGACGGAGACGAACGACGGGAGGCUCGUGUCGGUGACGUGCGACGUCGGGGCUGAACCCCGGGAGUGGUAAUCGGUCUCAUUGUCAGGCCGCGUCUCUGGAGUCUCUAGCUAGCUAGUACAGUCUCUUUAAAAGUUGGCUAAAAGUUGAACG